CGCAGCACGUGGGGGCGGUGCCGGUUGCACGGCUUAUAGUCGCCUUGGUUUGUGCGAGGUGAGUCCGCCAGCGGCGACAGCCCAGGGCCAGGUCCGGAGCGCGGGGAACUGGAGAGGCACUGCGGACCCCGGAGACUGGCUGAGCGUCAUGGAGGGCUCUGAGGAGCAACCGGGCCCACAGCCACCGCAGCCCGGGGACCACCGCAUCCGCGACGGCGACUUCGUGGUGCUGAAACGGGAAGAUGUGUUUAAAGCAGUGCAAGUCCAGCGGAGAAAGAAGGUGAUUUUUGAAAAACAGUGGUUCUAUCUGGAUAACGUCAUUGGCCAUAGUUAUGGAACUACAUUUGAAGUGACCAAUGGAGGAAGUCUUCAGCCUAAGAAGAAGAAGGAAGAGCCUACUUCAGAGACCAAAGAAGCGGGCACUGAUAACCGAAAUAUAAUUGAUGAUGGGAAAUCUCAGAAACUUACUCAAGAUGACAUAAAAGCUUUAAAGGACAAAGGCAUUAAAGGCGAGGAAAUAGUUCAGCAAUUAAUUGAAAAUAGUACAACAUUCCGAGACAAGACAGAAUUUGCUCAAGAUAAAUAUAUAAAAAAGAAGAAAAAGAAAUACGAAGCCAUGAUUACUGUUGUGAAGCCAUCCACCCGCAUUCUUUCAGUUAUGUAUUAUGCAAGAGAGCCUGGAAAAAUUAACCACAUGAGAUACGAUACGCUGGCCCAGAUGUUGACGUUGGGAAAUAUCCGUGCUGGCAAUAAAAUGAUUGUGAUGGAAACGUGUGCAGGCUUGGUGCUGGGUGCAAUGAUGGAACGAAUGGGAGGUUUUGGCUCCAUUAUUCAGCUGUACCCUGGAGGUGGACCUGUUCGGGCAGCAACAGCAUGUUUUGGAUUUCCAAAAUCUUUCCUCAGCGGUCUUUAUGAAUUCCCCCUCAACAAAGUGGACAGUCUCUUAAAUGGAACGUUUUCUGCUGAGAUGUUAUGCUCAGAGCCAAAAGACAGUGCUUCAGUUGAAGAAAGUAAUGGCACCUUGGAGGAAAAACAGGCUUCAGAACAAGAGAACGAAGACAGCAUGGCAGAGGCCCCAGAGGGCAAUCACCCAGAAGAAGAAGAACCAAUGGAAAUGGUCUCUCCAGAUCCAGACUACAAGGAGCCUAAGGACAGAGGAAGCAGAAAGGACUAUAUUCAGGAAAAACAGAGGAGACAAGAAGAGCAGAAGAAAAGACAUCUAGAGGCUGCUGCUCUGCUGAGUGAAAGAAACGCAGAUGGUUUAAUUGUAGCUAGUCGUUUCCAUCCCACUCCACUGCUGCUAUCUUUGCUGGACUUUGUGGCUCCUUCAAGGCCGUUCGUGGUCUACUGUCAAUAUAAAGAGCCUCUGUUGGAAUGCUACACAAAACUGCGGGAAAGAGGAGGGAUCAUUAACCUCAGGCUGUCUGAAACCUGGCUUAGAAAUUACCAGGUUUUGCCAGAUCGAAGUCAUCCCAAACUCCUGAUGAGUGGAGGUGGGGGGUACCUUCUCUCAGGCUUCACUGUUGCCAUGGACAACCUUAAAGCAGACCCUGGUCUCAAAUCCAGCACCAGCACUUUAGAAUCGCACAAGACUGAGGAGCCAGCAGCUAAAAAACGGAAAUGCCCAGAGUCUGACUCUUAACCUUUCAAACAUUGCUUUGAUUUUUGUUCUCAGGCAUUAUGCAGCUAGGGACACGGAUUCGACCUCUGCUCCAGGAAGAUCCCACAUGCCGCAGAGCAGCCGAGCCCGUGCGCUACAACUACUGAACCUGUGCCCUAGAGCCCGUGAGCCACAACUACUGAGCCCAUGUACCACAACUGCUGAAGCCCUUGAGCAUAGAGCUCAUGCUCCACAACAAGAGAAGGGACAACAAUGAGAAACCCACGCACUACAACGAAGAGUAGCCCCCGCUCACCGCAACUAGAGAAAGCCUGCACACAGCAAUGAAGACCCAGUGCAGCCAAAAAAAAAAAGUAAUUAAAAAAAUUUACUUAGUAACUUUCAAGUAUAUAAUUAUGGUUAACUAUAAUCACCAUGUUCUACAUUAAAUCCCCAGAAUGUAUUCAUCUUAUGACUGAAAGUUUGUGCCUUUUGACCAGUAUCUCCCCAUUUCCCCCACCCCCCAGCCCUGGCAAUCACCAUUUUACUUUGUAUCUAUGAGUUUAUAUCUAUGAGAGACAUCAUACAGUAUUUGUCUUUGGCUUAUUUCACUUAGUGUAAUGCCCUCGAGGUCUAUCCGUGUUGUCACAAAUGGCAGGAUUUUCCUCUUGCUCAUGGAUGAAUAGUAUUCCAUUGUAUAUAUAUGCCACAUCUUUAUCCAUUCACCUGUUGGCAGACACUUAGGUUGUUUCCAUAUCUUGUCUAUUGUGAAUAAUGCUGCAGUGAACACAGGAGCACAAAUAUCUCUUAGAGAUGCUGAUUUCAUUUUCCUCGGAUGUAUAUUCACAUACGAAAAGUCUACAUUUUUACACUCCCCCUACAUUUUGUAUUUUUGAUAUUUUGUCUUUAUCAUGU